AUGGACUUUAAAAACGCCUUCAACUCAGUCUCCCGAGCAGCGGUAGCCCACGGGAUCCUAAGCUAUGCCCCAGAGUUCUACAAGGCAGCUAGAUGGGCCUACAACGAGCCAGCAGCCCUAGUGAUGUAUGACGGCACGCUACAACAACAGCUACAGAGGUCAACCGGCUAUAACAGACCCCCUCCUAUCGUCCUAGCAUACCUAGACGACGUCUACAUCAUCUCAGGGCAACAGAUCACCCUACAACAACUAGAAGGCUACCUAGAAGACGCCCCUAUCGCCCUAAACAUAGAUAAGACAAAGACACACCCCCUAUCGGCAAUACAGACCACGGGAAUGAAGAUACUUGGCUCCUUUAUAGGGCCAGAGCCACGGAAGGCCGAAUUCCUGGCUACAAGGAUAGAAGAACUCCAGACGGUGCUAGAUAGGCUAAAAGACCUACCAAAACAACACGCACUCCUCCUACUUAGGGCUAGCACCUCUACACUACUCCGACACCUUCCUAGGACCAUAGGAUCACAAGGACUCCUGGCAAGAUUCCAAGACAUUGACACAAGACUCCUAGAAACCAUAAAACACCUUCAAGGCUCAGAGGAUAGAAGACCACUAGACCAGGACCUAGUAGCCCUCCCUACUAGGCUAGGAGGCCUAGGAAUACCUCUCUACGCGGAAGUGGCCGAGCUAGCCUUCCAAAACUCACAGGCUAUAGCAGACAUCACCCUACAGAGGAUCCUACCGCCAAAACUCUUCUGGCGCCUACCCCGAGCACCCUCGCCAGCCCCUAGCAACACUAGUAUGGAAGGCCACCCCCAGACUAGCUAUAGGCCUACACAAGGCCAAGAAGGCAACCUACAAGAGGACGGCCUAGAAGGGGACAUAGACAAGGCCACAGAAGAGGACACACAAGGUCUAGACGAACAAACCACUCUAGGAAGCCAGGAGCAAGAACAGGUACAAGAACAGGAACAGGAUCACUCCCAGGACCGCGAACACCAACAACUAGACCCCACUAGUACUGGCCCUGCUAGAACCAUCUACCGAGCUGCAAUAGACAAGCUCAACAGAGCUCGACUGGCUAGAGUACAGCAGAAGCUCUCUUUACAGCAAGAGAACGUACGGAUCGAGAACUCAGCCUUCCUAGGCCGGAGAUGGCUAUCCGCAAUGCCUACCUCACAGCCCCUUCUACUCUCGGACAUGGACGUAGCCGCAGCACUUUCUAUUCGGCUUCUUACAUCCCCUGAAGAAGGCCAGGACAUCUGUAGACACUGUGAUAGGGCCUAUACCUUCGCCCACGAAGACGCCUGCCGUGCUAGGACUAGACAGACAAUUGUCAAACAUAAUAAGGUGUGCCAGGCGUUGACUACGGCCCUACAGACCGACCCACAAAACAAAGUCACCCUAGAGCCACAAGGAGACUACCGAGGAAUCCGGACAGACAUUAGAAUCGACAACCCUAAGGGAACCACCUACCUAGAUGUGUCCAUCAUUUCCCUAGGUAAGGAAACCGCUAGGAAGGACCCUAAUAGCACCCUAUCGGCCGCGGAAAGGGCUAAGAAGCUCAAAUACCAAACCCUAGGCCGAGCUUUUAAGCCGUUUAUCCUUAGCCAAGGAGGCCUUCUAGGAAAGGAGACCUCACAAACCUACAAAGAAUUCCAAAAGUCCCUUGACCGCUCUCCUACCCCCUCGCCAAACGGCACCUCCUAUGGCUCUCCUAACGAGUCCACCAUCGGCCUCCUCGAGGACCUAGCCUCAAACCUACCUAGCGGCCAUAGCUCACCGGCCCAAAGCGAGAUCCACGUCCGAGACGGCCCCCGAAACACUAGUAGUGCCUACUCUCCUACACCCUCCUCUCCUACACCCUCCUCUCCUACACCCUCCUCUCCUACACCCUCCUCUCCUACACCCUCCUCCCCUAGUACACCGGCACCUCCCUCUUACUCACUAGGGACCCAGGGGCCUACUAGCCCUAUCUACGGAGACGAACAUACACCACCGCCACCAGAUGUUGCAGACAUACCUAUAGGCCUAGGCCAAGACCGGUAUAACACCUACCAGCCCCGAAACAAGUAUCUACAACAGCUAUUUGGAUACAACCACGUACAGGCAAAGGACCACACCUUCCGUGGCAGCCAAGCCGCUAGCUUUGUGGCCGCCGCGGCCAGGUGUGCCUCUAGAUACACACGCCAACCUACCGAGAAACACCUGCUAGACUUCCUACUACUACCGAAGGCUGGCCUUACCCUAGGCAUCCAAUCGGAGGAGUUUAGCACCCAAUACGUCCUACAGCACUACCCGGACCUAAUGCUACCCCCGCCAAGCCGCGUAGAAACCGAUAGGGCCCAGGAAUUUCUAGGCCAGCCAGACAACCGCCGGGAUACCCCCGCUCUAGAGCCCAAAGACUGGUAG